CGCCAUUGGCGGGGCGCCGAGGACGACCGCCGGCGCCGCUGUUGGAACCGCCACCGCGUGCCGAAGCGUGUGCUGCACACGCAUUUCGGAUACCGUGACGCGCGGCUCUCUGCAGCUGCUGAUCGGCCGUGCGUGCAUUUACUGUCUCCUCAGCGGUAACCCAUCCGCCCGUUUUGCCGGCACUUUCCACGCACUGCACCGUAGCCACAAAAUUCUACUGCCACCCGUCGGAAGUCACAGAUUUUCACGGUCAGUGCAGGUCAUGAGCAACGGCAAGACCACCACGCCGCCGGCUAACGCGGCCGCCGCAGCUGCAGCGGCUGCAGCAGCCGCGGCCGCGAUGCUGUUACACCAACACCAGUCACCGGCGUUGAACCACCAUCACGCUGCAGCGGCUGCCGCCGCAGCCGCGGCCUAUCAUCAGCACCAACAGCAGCAACACCAACACUUGCAGCAACACCUGCAGCAUCGAGCUCAACACGAACAACAAAUGCACAAUCACCACCAACAGCAGCAGCUACAGCAACAGCAACACCAACAACAACAGCAACAGCAUCAGCAACAGCACGGCGGUACCGCUACACCUGCAGUGGCGACGGCCGUCCAAGAAGCUGUAGUAGUUGUACAACAGCAGCAGCACAUCAAGCGGCCCAUGAACGCGUUCAUGGUGUGGUCCAGGGGACAGCGGCGCAAGAUGGCCCAAGAAAAUCCGAAGAUGCACAACUCUGAGAUCAGCAAGCGGCUGGGGGCCGAGUGGAAGCUCCUUACCGAACCUCAGAAACGGCCGUUCAUCGACGAAGCCAAACGGUUGAGGGCGCUUCAUAUGAAGGAGCAUCCGGACUACAAGUAUCGUCCACGUCGCAAGCCUAAGACGAUGGUGCAGAAAAAAACCGACACCAGUGUAGUGUCAGGCAAACCUGUUUCGUACUCGGUGCGCGACCUGUUGCCGCAACACGAAUCGUCGGCCGCGGCCGCCGGUAGUGGGUCUGUUGCUGUGUCGGCUGCCGGAUCGAUGGCGCAUAUAUCAAUGGCCGGUGAACAUCAGUCGUCCGCCACUGCGGUGGCCGUGGCCAAAUUUCCGCGUGCCUACUUCUCACCAUACCAACACCACCACUACCCGUCAUCGUUCUACCAACAGGUGGCCAAGGACCUGUCGACUGUGGCCAGCAGUGGCGGCACCGGCACUGAAGCGGCCGCCGCGGGAAAGGCCGUCCAUGACCUAGCGCUGCAUGCGCUCUACGGCAGCUCUCUGUACUCUCGGGCUGUGUCGCUAGCUACCGGGUGGCCGAUGAUGGCUGCUGCGAACACCACGGUGGCCGGCUCCAACGGUGGCUGUCCUGUCAACUGCGUCGAGUGCGGUAUACACGCGGAGCGUCCGUCUCAAUCGCCACUGCAACUGCAGCCACUGCCACCGCCACCGCCUAGGCCAGCGCACGAAUCAUCCACGUCAUCGUCCACACCUUCGCCUCCUGCCCAGUUCCCGCCGCCCACACUACUAUCGACGGCCACUGCCGCCGCCGCGGCUGUCAUUAAGCGGCCCAUCGCUCUUCUCGUCAAACCGGAUUGCAUCGGCCAGGCUGGACUACAUGCACAACAUGUCAUAUGAAAACCGCUGCCGGUUCUACCGGAACCGGCCGCCGGCACAGCCUGCACCGUUGCCGCCAUGUCGGCCGCCGUCCAGUGCGGUUGGCCGCAAUGUUCGUCGUCUUCGUCGUCAUCGCCGCCGCCACCGCCGUCGACGGCGACGUCUCCCUUGGCCACACCGCCGUGGUGGCUUCAACAGCUGCAGCAGCAGCUAAUGAUGUGCAGCGGCAGUGGCGGCCACAGGAACGCUACGGCCGUCCGUGGAUCUCCCGGACCGCCGCCUGCCUCUUCCGCCUCCGCUGCCCAAGAUCAUCGACAGGACUAGAUGAGCACCGCGUACAUCACUUUCCACCACCACGGUAAGGUUUAUACUACAUAUUUGUAUGACGUAUGACGAAAAAGAACGAAAACGGCCGCCGAGGACUUAGUUUUUGUUUUUUAUGUAAAUAGUAAUAGUUUAUAUACAUUUUUAUUACGCAUUGAUCAGUUGGAAGAUAACAAUUUAAAUUAAAUUUGAACUAAAAAAUUGGAAAGAUAGUAAAAUAUGAUAUACGUUAUUACUCGCAGUCCAGUGUAGUAGUCGAAACAUUUAUUAUGAACAAGCCCGAAAAAUAGCACAAUUUUGUCAAAAUUUGCAAAUAUUACUCUUAACUAUUUGUUUUUUUUUUUUUAAUUUAAACGUCCAAAUAACCAUUUAUAAUAUUGUAUAUUAAAAUUUUAAAUUAAUGAUCUCCGUUGUUUUACCCACUAAUUAUAACUGGACCUCGUAACUCAUUCAACUAUUCUUAAUGUCAUUUCAUAUGGGAACUAGGUUUUAUACCGAAAGUGGUUAUAUAUUACAAUUUCCAAACAUAUACAAUUUAACAAAUAUAGGAUAAUGUAUUAAGUUAAAAAGUGAACAAUUUUCGUAUAUUGUGCGAAUAACUUUAUCUCGAAAAUAUUUCUAAAUUUAUUAAUUUGAUUAAUAUUUCAAAACACAUAUUAUUUUAUCGUUUUAGUUAAUCGCAAAUAUUUAAAAAUUUACGAUUAAGAACCUAUGGUGCAUUUAAUUCCAUGUUAUCUACUAAACAUUACUGAAGAACUCGUAUAGGACCCAUAAUGCAUUACGAUAAAUUAAGUCGUGCGAUAAUAUGACAUAAUAUUUAUUUGUUAGAAGUAAAAGGUAGAUAAAAUACAACCGGCAUCAGAUUAUAACACAAAUAAAAAGGUUUGUGGUGACUUUUGUUGGACGGAACUUAAAUAACGAAUGACCUGAAUAAAACCGGAACUUAAAAGAGUAGUGGUAGAAAAAAAUGUAUUACCUCCUACACCCCGGCUACUUCACAAUCUUACACUGUGUAUCUGCCUAUUGUAUACAUUGUAUUAUAUAUUAGGAUGUAUACGAUGUAUAAAUAUUAUUUUAUUGAAAAAAAUAAAUAUGUU